GUUUUGGUAUCUGGCAAAUAAAUGUCCGUGUCAGCCAACAAAAGAUGGAUGCUCUAUAAUAGUUGUCGUUAUUUAAUCAUAAUAAAUAAUAAGUUCAGCCUUAUCUGAAAGGAAAAAAAAUGAGUGCUUUUAUCCUAAAAAGGCUACUAAUAGUGAUAGUUGUGGUGAAAUUGCAUAAUAAUAUUGUUAAACUAUAGUCAAAAGCCUUAAAUAUGUAUUUAUUCAAUACCGUUAGCAGUAGUAUGCUGCUAUCAUCUAUAGUUAAUAAUUUUUGUAAUUGUGCCUUUGCUUUAUUAAUUUAUCUAUCUAUUUGUUUCUUUAUAUUGCCUUGUCGAUGUAUAAAUGACAGUCAUAAUUUCAUUGCUUCAAAAUCUGAGCUCCUUGCAUAUGAGAAAGACUCUGGUGAACUGUCUAAUCAAAAACAGUAUGUUGUGAGACUAAAUGCCAAAUUACUUGCCCAAGAACGUGAAAGAUUUGAAAAAAGGAAAGAUCAAAAUGCUAUCAGCCUCCAAGAUAUUCAACAAUCUUUCAACAGAGACAACUACUUUAAUCCCGGUAAAAGCAUUGGGACACAUUUGAGGCGAAUUACUAAUGAAGAGUUGUGUUCAACAAAAAUGCAGGCCAUUUAUGAUUCUUUGCCAAGUAUGGAAACACAUGAAAAUUCUCAGGAUAUUUUGGAUAAGGUAAGAUAAAAUUUUAUUUCUAAA